AUGGAUAUUAAAGCGAGGAAGUCAUUAAUGUGGGAAGAAGCCGGAAGGACAGGCCACCACAGUAACCUUUGCGGAGAAGAGAUUUGCAACAAUAUCUCCACAUGUAUUACAAUGCCCGGGAAUAAGAAAGUUUGCAUUGAAACAGAUUGUUCCCAAUCAGCGCCAGGUAUACCAAACGGAAAAAUUGUCCAGCGAACUUACUCUCCAGAUAUAGUUACCUACAGAUGUAAUGGUUUUAUCCAAACCACAUGUUGCCCUCCUGGCGGGAAAUGGGAAUCUCUUGAUUACCAAUGCGAAUGGCAAACCACAAGGCUAGUUGGUUCCAAUGUAUCCUUCGAGGGACGAGUUGAAGUCUACCUAAAUGGAUUCUGGGGAACUGUUUGUGAUGAUGAGUUUGAUAUGGCGGAUGCCAAUGUCGUUUGUUCGAGUUUGGGAUACCCCGGGUACGUGUUCUUUAGCGUUUAUUUGUCUUGA